CCAGAUAAAGGGGAAAUGUGCACGGACAUUGACUUUCAAACAGCGAAAGCCCAUUACCAGCUGCAGAAUUAUAGCUCCGCUGUGUCAGAUGAGCGCGGAUGGGCAAUGAGGGGUAUACAAUACGAUAUAACUGAACUGAGAGAAGCGUAGCCAAGCCAUGUCUUUGAACUACAUCAAGAACUUUUAUGAAGGAUGUCUCAGGCCUCCGACGGUGAUUGGCCAGUUCCACACGCUGUUCUAUGGUUCUGUGCGCAUGUUCUUUCGCGGCGUCCUGGGUUUUGCUGUCUACGGCAAUGAAGCUCUGCACUUCAGCUGUGACCCUGACAGAAGGGACUUGAACCUCUACUGUUAUAACCAGUUCAGGCCAAUAACACCUCAGGUCUUCUGGGCAUUGCAGAUGGUAACUGUACUUCUUCCAGGAGCUGUGUUCCACCUGUACGCUGCCUGCAAGAACUUUGAUCAGGAAGAAAUCCUCCGGCGACCUGUUUAUACCAUUUUCUACAUCAUCUCUGUUGUGCUGAGGGUGCUUCUGGAGUUUGUGGCCUUUUGGCUUCAGAGCCACCUGUUUGGGUUCCAGGUUCAUCCCCUCUUCAGGUGCGAGGCCAGCACCUUGGAGAAGAAGUUCGGCAUGAUCAAGUGCAUGGUGCCGGAGCACAUCGAGAAGACCAUCUUCCUCAGCGCCAUGUACGUCUUCACCAUCAUCACGGUGGGGCUGUGCGUUGCUGAGAUUUUUGAGAUACUGUGCAGAAGAUUAUUAGGGUUGCAGCCCAGUCAGUGACCUGCAUGUCAUUCUAGUGUAAGUUUUAGGUAAAAAAAAGAAAAAAAAAAGAUUUUCUGUGUCUUGGCUAAAUGUUGACAUGGAAAGGUCUUAGACAAACAUACCUCUUGUUAUUUAAAAUACUUAGGAUAGUUAUACAGAUCAUAUUUUAAACUAAUUUUACUAUGAUUUUAAAAUUAUAUUCUAAGCUGUUUGUCUUACAGAUGUGAACUGAAAUGUAUCCUUCAACAGAUUAAGUAUUUUAGCACAUGCAGAUUUUUAUAAACCUGUGCUCUAAGUGUGUGGAGUUUGCUUUUAUUCCCCAUGUCAGGUGGGAGUUCUACCCCUAGUUCAAACGCAUGCAGCUGGACUAACUGGCCAGUCUGAAUGGCCCGCGGAGUGUGAUUUUGUGUGUGAGUGUGCAUGCACGCCCCGGACUGGCAUCUCAUCCUGGUUGGGCCCCUGCCCUGUGCUCUAUGCUGCCUUGUUUGUACUCCAGCUUGUCCUGGAUAAGUGUUAGAAGGUGGACUUGGCUUGUAAUGUAAAAACCAUAAAAGGAGAGUGUCACAGUUUGUGUGUGAAUCCCUAGAAAUUAAACAAUUUUGCUCUCUUUCCCCUGUACAUGAUGGUGCAUCUGAUUUAAUUAUCGUGUAAGUGGUCGAUAUGAUAAAAGAUAAAAUAUACCUCUCAUAUAUGUAUAAAUAGAUUCAGAUAUCUAUCCAUGUUUCUGAUCAUAUUUUCAGCUCCAUGUAUCAUCUCAGGUAUAGGAUGACAUGCUUUGAACAGAACAACCCCCUGGUUAACCUUAAUAUUUUGCUUUAAAAUAUCAGGGAGUGUAUCCUCAGUUGCUACACAACAAAGGCAUUUAGGAUUUCCUGGCUGCGCUGUACAGAUUUUGAUGUUCAGGUUGUUUCUCAGUUGUUCUUUCCAACUUCAG